AUGGCGUCUGACGAUGAAUCGAUCCGGCCUUUGCUGUGGUCCUUCUCCGGAUUCCGCGAGAACAGGCGGCCGGCGCCGAUCAGGCGACAGCUGAACCAGUCACGGACGAGCCUUCAGGACGUACUCUCGUCUCGGAAGAAGCACUAUGCCGUGUUGGCCCUCGUAUCCCUCGACGUCGCUGCGCUUAUGGCCAACAUCUUUGUCGAGCUCGUCGCCUGCGAUAUGAAGCGGGAAGACGAGCCGUGGGUCAAGAACACGCGCGAGGGUCUCACCGUUGCCGGCCUCGUGUUCAGCUCUCUAUUCUUGAUCGAACUCGUAUUGUGUGUCAUUGCGUUUGGAUGGAGGUACUUUGCAGAGUGGUUUCACCUGCUGGAUGGCAUAGUCAUCGUGGCAAGCUUUGUUAUCGACGUGCUCUCGCACGGCAUCGUGGAAGAAAUUGCUUCCCUCGUCAUUGUAUUCCGUCUCUUCAGAUUCGUCAAAGUGGUCGAGGAAAUGAGCAUGGGAGCCGCGGAGAGGAUGGAGGGGCUCGAGGAGCAACUGGCGAUUCUGAGGCGGGAGAAUGGAGAGAUGAAGAGGCAGUUGACACGGCGGUGA